CACCGAAAGAAAUACCGAUUCUUGGUGUCGCUGGUCGUUUUAUUGGGAAGCCGAAUGAUCAAAUUAUCGAUAUAGUACUUAACAUGUUUAAGCAAGUUAAAACAACACCAUGGAAAGCAUGGUUAGGGCCAAUCUUAGUCAUUGGAAUUUGUGAACCAGAAGAUAUUCAGAUUAUUUUAACAAGCGAUGACUGUCUGAACAAGCCAUAUUUUUACGAUCAAUUCCAUUGUAAAACUUCGAUCAUUGCUACGGACAGAGAAAUCUGGAAGCCACAGCGUCGUGCAUUGAAUACAGCAUUCAGUGUGAAAGUAUUACAAAGUUACAUACCACAGUUGAACGAUAAAUCGCGCAUUUUGCUUCAGCAGAUGGAACCAUUUCUCAGUGAAGCAGGCGAUUUGUAUCGAACCAUAUUCAUCUGCAUGAUAGAUAUGAUUGCAAGAACAACGAUGGGAACUGAAAUGAGCCUGCAAUCGGAGCGGGGCGCAUUUUUAUACGAAACCGUCAAGUUGAUUAUGACCAACGUUCAAUACCGAAUUACUCGAUUUUGGUUAAGAUGGGAUUUUAUGUACAACUUGUCGAAAGUAGGUCGCGACGGACGGAUCCCACUUCGGGAUGGUAAUCUUGUAAUAGAUGAAAUUUACAAUGGGAAGGUGAAUGAAUUGGAAUCACUUAAAACGCAAGGAAUCGAUCGCUUAGAAAUAGUGAAGGAGCAAAAUACGGCCGACUUCCUCGAAAAAUGCUUGAUUUUGGAACAAGAGGGCAUUUUAAAUAGUGAAAACGUUCUGGAUCAAAUGCGGGUUGUUAUUCUCGCAGGCAUCGAUACUUCGUCGAUCACUAUAUUCGGUACCUUGUUGAUGUUGGCCAUCAAUCAGAAACAUCAAGAGUUGGUUGUUGAAGAGCUGAGAUCGAUUUUUGAGUCGGCCGAUUGUGACGUCUCUCAAACUCAUUCGAGCGCUAUGCAUUAUAUGGAUCAUGUUAUCAAAGAAUCAAUGCGUCUGCUCUCUCCAGUUCCAUUCAUUGUACGAAAGCCCUCCGCUGAUAUUGAAUUGCGUAAAGGAACUGUUCCGCAAGGCUCAAUGGUGUUGAUAAAUAUCAUGCAUUUGCACCGGAAUCCAAAGAUUUGGGGAGAAAAUGUAUUUGAAUUUAACCCAGACAGAUUUCUACCCGAAAAUGUUGCGAAACGACCACCGUUCAGCUACAUUCCAUUCUCAGGUGGAGCAAGAAAUUGCAUUGGAAUGAAAUACGCUAUGAUUUCGGCCAAAAUUACUCUGGCUCAUCUGUUAAGGCGAUUCAAGUUCACUACCAAUUUAAAAUUUGAAGAUAUUCGUGUGAAAACCCAUCUUGUGAUCGAAGUGACUAAUGAAAACCCACUUCAAAUAGAACAACGACAAUUCCAGAAGAAAUAA